CAGGCUGUAAACAGCCAGGGAUAAACCGGGACUUCUGCUCGAGCGGCUGCCACUUCCUUCCUUGCUGCCGGCCACCUGUUAACAGUCACACCCAGCAGCUGGGGAUGGGACGUGUGUCAGGACAGCAGAGGGAGGGGCUGAGGACGGAAGGCCGAACAAGAAUGGCCGUGUGGCUGUCCCCAGAGGAAGGGGGGCGUGGGGACGUUGGUUUUUCGGACCUGGUAUAGGGAAGUCAUUGCAAUCAUUCUGUCUCCCUGUGGGAUGGGUGCUAGUGUCUAGGAGACACCAUCAGAUGUCCUUUACCUGUCUUGGACUUGAAUCUUGACUGGCAAGAGCCGCGGGGCUUUUUAAGGUGGCCACUCUGCCAACCCUGGACCACUACCACGAUGACUUCUUCCUGCCCAGACUCAGAUAAUACCUGGGUGCUUGCUGGCUCUGAGAACCUACCUGUGGAGACUCUGGGCCCAGAACCCAGGAUGGACCCAGAAUCUGAGGGAGCCUCCCAGGCCCUUUCGGACCCCUCCAAGGCAGAGGACGAAGAACUAGCUGGGACCUUAAAUGAAGAAGUCACAGGGAUGCUUUCCCAAACGGAAGGUUCCCAGAAUGCAAGUGCUACUGUGCCCGAGGAGACCGGGGUCAAGGGCACGCUGGGAUGUGAUGGUCAUGGGAUGGAGCCUCCCGGAGACACACCCAGCCAGGAAGAUUUGCAGGCGACCCCUGGGGCGACAAGCCGGAGACCAGACACACAGGACCUGGAGAGUGAGAGCCCUCCACAGAGCCUGCCCUCCAGUCCCAGAGCAGUUUGGAAAGACCGCCACUGCUCCAGCAGUGAUGAAGACACCGACGUGGAUGUAGAGGGUCUGCGGAGACGGAGGGGCCGGGAGCCCGGCCCACCCCAACCCGUGAUACCUGUGGACGUGGAGGACCAGGCCAAGGGCGAGGGUGCAGGAGGCGAGCUGGGCAUCUCCCUCAACAUGUGUCUCCUGGGGACCCUGGUUCUUCUGGGCCUGGGCAUCCUCCUGUUCUCUGGUACGCUUUUGGAGCCUGAGACUGGGCCCAUGGAGGAAGCAGAGCUGCAGGUCUUUCCCGAUACUGAGCCAGAGACUGAGUUGGUGCAUACUGUAGGGAACAGGCAGGAUGAGCUAGAGCAGCGGCAGGCCUCGGUACCACCGGACAGUAGCCCCAGCCUGCAGAGCAUGGGGCUUCUGCUGGACAAGCUGGCCAAGGAGAACCAGGAUAUCCGGCUGCUGCAGGCCCAGCUGCAGGCUCAGAAAGAAGAGCUUCAGAGCCUGCUGCACCAGCCCCAAGGGCUGGAGGAGGAGAAUGCCCGGCUCCGGGAGGCCCUGCAGCAGGGCAAGACCUCCCACCAGGUCCUAGAGUCAGAACUGCAGCAGCUAAGGGCCCGACUCCAAGGCCUAGAGGCUAACUGUGUCCGGGGCGUCGACGGUGUGUGUCUCAGCUGGGGUGGAGGCCCAGGUGACAGAGCCCCCAAGGGACAGGAGCCAGACCCCAGCUUAUCAGAGCAGCAGAAGCGGCUGGAGGCUGAGGCCCAGGCCCUGAGGCAGGAGCUGCAGAGGCAGUGGCGGCUGCUGGGGUCUGUGCAUCGUGACCUGCAGAGGGGCUUGCAGAACGCUGGCCGAGGAGCCCCAGCUCGUGCUGGCCUGGCCGAACUUGGCCACAUGCUGGCCCAGACUUUGCAGGGCCUGGAGGACUGGGGUCGGGACACGGGCGUUCCUGCCAACGACUCGGGGGCCUGGUACCAGAAGAAGCCCCACUUCCAGAAUUCCAGGGAGCGGAGUAGAAGGGAGAUGUGGCAUGGUGGGCCGAGGGACCAGAAGGCUGAGCACUGGAAGCAUAGGAAGGAGGAAGCCGGCCGGGAGAGGAGGAAGAGCUGGAGGGAUGAGGACGGGGAACCAGCCGCGGGGUGGAAGGAGGCGGAGAAGCCGAGGGUAGAAGACCUGGGGAACAGAAAAGACGGCAAGCGGCAGGACCCCAAGGCACACCCUACGAAGAGUGGGAACACCCACUCUGGAGAAAGGCAGAAGCGAUCUUGGGGGAAAGACAGCGGCCCUGACCCCCUGUCCUCCUGGGAGGAGCUGCUGAGGCGCAGGUACAGGCCCCCUCAGGGCUGCUCAGGGGUAGCCGACUGUGCCCGGCAGGAGGGCCUGGCCUUCUUUGGCACAGAGCUGGCCCCCGUGAGGCAGCAGGAGCUGGCCUCUGUGCUGAGAGCCUACUUGGCGAGGCUGCCCUGGGCUGGGCCACUGACCAAAGUGCUGCCCCUCUCACCCGCCUACUUUGGAGAAGAUGGCCUCUUCAGGCAUGACCGCCUUCGCUUCCGGGACUUUGUGGAUGCCCUGGAGGACAGCCUGGAGGAAGUGGCAAUAAAACAGAUGGGUGAUGACGACGAAGUGGAUGACUUUGAGGAUUUCAUCUUCAGCCACUUCUUUGGAGACAAGGCGCUGAAGAAGAGGUCAAAGAAGAAGGAGAAGCACUCCUGGAACCCCAGAGUUGUGGGGCCCAGGGAAGAACAUGGCCGCCAUUCCCACCACCAUGGCUGAGCCCCGCUCCUGCCGCAGCAGGGGGGCCUUGGCAAGCACCCAGCGCAAGGUCCCUGGAAUUGACUCUAGAAGCUUUGUUCCCACAGUCCAGUGGGUCCCUCUUGGCUCUUUAGUGCCCUUGAAUGUCCUUCACGGAAGACAGCACAGCACUUGACCCUGCACUGGGACCGCUUUGGCUACAAAAAGACCGGAGUGGGUUCUGCUGAACUGUCUAUGCAAAUACAUGCAAACGCUAAAGGUCCUGGGGACUGAGUGUGUAGGGGCCUGCCGGGGGAGCCUGCCUGCCGGGGGAGCCUGCCUGCCGGGGGAGCCUGCCUGCCGGGGGAGCCUGCCUGCCGGGGGAGCCUGCCGGGGCUAUUCUGAAGCCAGAGAGCUAGCUGUUCUCCUGUGUUUGCGGCAGCCCCCAGGACCACAACAGAGCCCGCAAGCCUGCACUGGAGCUGCUGGUUGGAGACUUAGCCCCAGACUUGCCCCGGGGUUUUGUUAGCUUUGGAGGCAGCUGUUCCCCAAGCGUGAAGUGUUCUUCUUACCCUGCUUCUCUUGGGGCUUUCGCCUCCCUGCCUGCGCUGCCGCUGGAGGUGGUCUGUCAGUGCAGGGGACAGCGUGCAGUGGCCACUCCGGUGGAUGGGCACAACCUAGACCCCACUCUCAGCCCUCCCGCCCUACAGCCCCUCCCCACGCCUAGCCUUGAGCCCAGCCACCAACUGUCACUGUUGCCCCGACUGAACCCCUGUGGAACCCUGGGCUCCCAUCCAGGCUGGGUAGCCUCAGGCCAGGUCAUUGCGGUAUUCUUAUCCUCGGAAAGAGGGCUGAGGAGCAGAGUAAAUAAAGCUCGGAAGCAAGCGCCCUGCUUCUUCCACACACGA